AUGCAUGCUCAUCAACCAUUUGCCUCUUCAUCAUUUGGUAACAAUGAUGAAAUUUCAAUAACAGUACAACAUCAGGAUUUAUGCCUUUUACCAAGUAAAAGUUAUCUUCACAUCUAUGGACGUUUGACAAAAGAGGAUGCUGCAGCUCCAGUGGGAAGAACCAGAUUCGUGAAUAAUGCUAUUUGUCAUUUGUUCGAAGAGAUUCGAUAUGAACUCAAUAGCAUUGAAAUUAAUCGUGCGAAAAAUGUUGGAUUGACAAGUCUGAUGAAGAAUUAUGUUUCACAAAAUCCUAGUCAAUGGCCUUUAUUGGAAAAUGCUGGUUGGUUGAAGAGAGAUCAUAUGGAUAGUGAUGAGACAAUUACAAAUGCAAAUGGGUAUUUCGAUAUUUUUAUACCAUUGAGUUUGAUUCUCGGCUUUGCUGAAGAUUAUCAGAAAAUCAUUGUGAAUGCAAAGCAUGAACUCAUCCUCACGAGAUCCAAGACGGAUGUUAAUGCCAUUCUUCAAGGAGCAAUCACAGUUCAAAACCCUGAGGAAAAAUAUAAAAUCACAUUACAAAAAAUUGAGUGGUUAAUUCCAUAUGUCAAAGUUUCCGAUGAACGCAAGGUGAGACUGCUCAACUUUAUUGGUAAAGAUACACCCAUCGGAAUAGGCUGUCGUACCUGGGAGCUGUACGAAUAUCCUCUGCUUCCUACAUCAUCGAAGCAUGUUUGGGUGGUGAAGACAUCGAACCAGUUAGAGAAACCAAGAUAUGUGAUCCUAGGAUUCCAAACGGGACGAAAAACUAAAACAACUAAUGCUAGCAACUUUGAUCAUUGCAAUAUUCGAGAUGUGAAGCUAUUUUUAAAUUCACAAAGUUAUCCAUAUGGAAACAUGAAUCUUGAUAUUGAUCAUAAUCAAUUCUCUACAUUGUAUAAUAUGUAUGUGAACUUCCAAGACUCAUUUUAUGAAAAAGAACCAGAGCCAUUGUUGACUAGAUCAGAGUUCUUGGAGAAAGCUCCAUUGAUUGUUAUCGAUUGCUCGAAACAGAAUGAGUACCUAAAGAGUGGUCCAGUCGAUAUUCGUCUAGAAUUUGAAUCAGCUUCACCUUUCCCAGCUAAUACAUCAGCCUACUGCCUUAUUCUCCAUGAUCAGAUCGUUGAGUAUAAUCCGAUCAGUGGUGGGGUUAGGAAGCUAAUGUAA